GGAGGAAGAGGAGGAUGGAGGAGGAGGAGGCACCAGGGAUGUGUCGGCCUCACGGGUGUUGAUGUCCCUGCUCAAAGGGAAGAGCAGGGGCUCAACAAUUAGGAAAAUUACGUUUGGGACCUCCAUGGACACUUACCUGGAGGAGUACGGGGCCUACCUUUUCUGCCCGGAAGGGACCCCCAAAAUGGUUCAAAACAGCGUGUCGAAGGCCAGCCGAGCAAAGGUGUUCCUGAAAUACCUGACGCUCGGCUGGCCUUCGAUCAAAUAUUGGAGUUGGCAGUUUUUGUUCAACAUCCCCCUAAUAAAGACCUACCCUGCUGCCCUGAGAGCGGCUGGCCUGGCCCCGACAACCAUCGUGUUAUACGUGGGCCAGGCCAUCUCCUUUUUGGAAUAUUUCCGGGACACCCCAGCUAAAUACUCCCGGGUGACCAACGGCCAGCUGGUCAUGGUCACCCGGGAGUUAAGGAAGCUAUUGAAGGACUUGAACCGGAACGUCCUUGGCCACCAGUCCCUGGUGAAACAGGGCAAACUAUUGAGACUGGUGGCCAAGGAGGACCUGGCCAAGUGCCAGGUGAUGGCCAAAGAAAAGAUCCCCUCUCUCCUCGCGGACAUGAAAGCGGCGCCCCCCAGGGACCCAAAGACCCGGUACCGGUUCUUUGGGUACCUGGUGGCCUACCUAUCCUCAAUCUACGGGCACAGGUCGGGGGUGCUGACCCGGAUGAGGGUCAGGGAGGUGCAGGACGCGAUCGGGGACGAGGACACGGGCUACCUCAUUAAUGUCAUGGAGCACAAGACGGUGCGUAAAUUUGGGGUGGCCCAGGUGUACCUCGAGGCCGGCGAGUACGCCUGGUGCCGGGAGUGGCUCCGCCUGCGGGUGCGCUCCGUGCCACAAAACAAGUUUUUUUUUACGUCCUUCGGCAAGGGGGAGCCGAAGGACCUGAUUAAAUAUUUUCGACGAGCUUGGGGGGCGAUGGGCCUCCCCGGCUCCCCGAGUCUAAUGGACAUCAGGUCGGCCGUGGCCACAUACAACUUUGAGACCAACGACGCCGAGGUACGCAGGAGCCUAGGGGACUUCAUGUGCCACGACAUCAGGACCCAGGAGCGCUUCUACGCGCUCCAUAAGAACCUUUCAAGGGCGAAGCAGAUGAGGGACCUCUUCAUCCGCCUUGCGCAGCGAGAGCCCUCAUCUGCUUCCUCCUCCUCCGAUCCUGCUGCAGGCUCCUCCUCCUCCUCCGCUCCUGCUGCAGGCUCCUCCUCCUCCGCUCCUGCUGCAGGCUCCUCCUCCUCCGCUCCUCACGCAGGCUGCUCCUCCUCCUCCUCUGCCCCUGCUGCAGGCUGCUCCUCCUCCUCCUCUGCUCCUGCUGCAGGCUCCUCCUCCUCCCCCGCUCCUCCUGGCUCCGUGAGGAGGAGGCUUCGGCCAUCUGCCACGCAGAGGAUGGCCCAGAGGGUGAAGGAGAAAAGGGGGAUUUCUCCAAAAAAGAGUUGCCGCGUGUUCAUCAAGAGACUGUGAACCCUUCCUGACCCCAGUUCACUUGCCUGUUCACUUGUAUAUACUGUAGUAGUUCAUUUGUUCAUCUUGUUUCAUGUUCAUGUUCAGUGGCGAUUUUGGUUUGGAAACUCUGGUGGGGCCCAUGCAGGAAAAUAUUAUAACGCAAUCCAGA